AUGGAACGAACCAAAAAUUGUGACAAAGAUGUCGACAAGGCCAACACUAUCAUCUCUGGGAUGCAGGACCUCAAAGCAGAUGCCUGCUCUGCAAAAUUCAUGGACAAAACUGGGAAGACCUUGGCAUGUGUCUUUUCCCACAGAAUGCAGAUGAAUGACCAGGCUACAGUGGAAAGAAAAGGCAGGGGGGAAAGGACCGCCUACCCUGGACCCCAUAAACGGAUGCUGAAGGACGUUCAAGCGUCUAAGUCUGAAGACCAGCACUGGGAUGGAAUUCCUCUAAAUAUCACCAAUGUGCACAAGAACUUCACCAGUUUUUGGCCCCUCACACCAACAAAAGGGGAUAUCCAGCAUCCCAACCAAAGUGUUAUGGCUUACAGUCUCGAGCCCCCCCCUGAUUGCCCUGAAGAUGUGGAAUAUAUUAGGGAUGGCAUGGGUGAAUGCUUCAAGGUCGCCUUUCCCAAUUACUAUUCCCAGUACAAGGCUGCCUUUGCAGCUGGUGCCUGGAUGACGGAGGACCCUGGGCCUUGGCUGGGGAGGGCCAUGGUUUGGAAGUUUCCAGUUGAGACCCAUGUGGACAGCUUAGAUGACGGGACCUCUUUACUCUCCCCCACCUAUUCCUACCGGACUCCUACUGGAUUCCUGGAAUCCUACUGGACUGGACUAGGACUGGGACAAAUUUCAUGCUGGCUGAUCACCAUACAAAUUUUGUACCCUAGUCCUAGUGGAAUCCUAGUAAACUCCUACUGGAAUGAUCCCAAACCACCAGGAAUUGUGGAAUUCUGCUGGAUUUUUAAAGAAUGGGUAUAG